AUGUCUGCGCUCUGCCGGAAAUUUGGGGACGAUUACCAGGUAGUGACCACCUCGUUCAGCAGCGCGGGCUUGCAGGGCCAGGGGCUCCAGCAGCAGCAGCAGUAGCAGCAGCAGCAGCAGUAGCAGCAGCAGCAGCAGCUGGUCCCUAAGAAGAAGAGACAGCGGUUUGUGGACAAAAACGGGAGGUGCAAGGUGCAGCACGGCAACCUGGGCAGCGAGACUAGCCGCUACCUCUCCGACCUCUUCACCACCCUGGUGGACGUCAAGUGGCGCUGGAACCUGACCCUGUUCAUCUUCAUCCUCACUUACACAGUGGCGUGGCUCUUCAUGGCAUCCAUAUGGUGGGUGAUCGCCUACACCCGGGGAGACCUGAACAAAGCCCACGUCGGCAACUACACGCUCUGCGUGGCCAAUGUCUACAACUUCCUCUUCAUCCAGACCGAAGCCGCCACUGUCACGGAAGUUUUGUCUGCAGCCACUCAGGACGCCGUCUGUUAG